AUGAGAUUUUUAUCAAGUUUAAUUAUUUUAUUAAUUAUCACCAUAUAUUCAAGUGUUAAUGGUGAUAUUUAUAUGCAUUCACCACCAGGUAGUAAUAAUCGUAAUCAAGAACAAGGUCAAAACAGAGAUAACAAUCAACGUUUAUUCAACUCUCAAAACAAUGAUAAAGGUGGUUAUUGCAGAGGUGAAGCAUUAGAAUGGUAUGAAAAAUCCUAUCUUCCAGUUGAAUGGACCAAUCAACAUGGUUGUGGUAGUGGUGAAACCGAGUGUAACAUUGUCAUUCAAUACAUGUGUACUGAUAAUGCCAAAGCUGCCGAUACCGAAUACAUUCGUGAUGGUACAGUGACUACCACAAUCUCUGCCAACGACAUCACUCAAUCCUCCACCAAAGAGACCAACGAAUACAAGUUCGGUAUGCAUGAAUCAUACCAUCACUACCAAAAUUGUACCGGUCGUGAACGUAACAAGGGUCUUUUCAUCGCCAACCAAAACAUUGGUAACAAUGCCGACAGAACUCGUCAAAGUAACAACGGUAACAACUAUGGUUACGAAUGCCAAGAGGAACGUGACUAUUACCCAUACUGGGCCCCAUCACCAUGGAAGGAUGUUGCCAUCAUUACCGAUAAUCGUGAUCUUUGCAAAUGGUAUCGUUCAGAGUCACAAAAUGUCCAACCAAAAUACUACUGCAAAGCUGCCACCACCAACAACAACCAACCACGUUCCAUUGAUCCAGUAAUUUGUGCCAAUCAAGGUGGUGUUUGGACCAAGGUCGACUCUCACGAUAUUGGUGCUCCAGAAUGUAUCAAAGCUGAAUGGACCCAAGUCAACACAUUAGGUCAUGUUCUUGAAGACGGUCACAACCCAAUGUACAAUUGGUCAUUACCACACUCUGGUAUGGAGCCAUGCAUUGCCACUGGUACUUGUUCAUGUGUUUUACGUGUCCGUUACAAUAUCUCCUCCUCUGAUCUCAAAGGUAAUGGUGACGAAUUCACCGAUUACAAAUCAAAUGGUCCAAAGGGUGCCACCAACGUCAAUGAUCCAAAUGUUGUUGUUGCCGGUCAAAACGUUACACUCAACAUCAAUCCAAAUCAAUAUGGCAGAACUUUCCAAGACCGUUCUCAUGUUUUCAGUAUUAUUGCUCGUCCAGACAGCUUAAAGAAAGCCAAAAUCUGGAAUCUCCUCGUCAAGGGUAAACGUGGUAACAUUGUCCAAUCCCAUCCAGCUCAAGAAUAUCAAUUUGUUCCAAAAACUCUCCACAUCAAAGUCAACGAGUACAUUCAUUAUCAAUGGACAGGUUGUGAUUUCAAUCCACAAAACUAUGAUGGUACUGGUAUCAAAGGUUCUGAUCGUAGCAACAUGUGUCAAAUUAAAACACUCAAUCACAAUUACCCAAUGACCGACGAUGAACUCAACGAUGACAAUGCCUUAUUUGCCGAUAUGGAAACUAGACUUAGAUUCGCUAGACUUGGCCAAAAGAGUUGUUUAACCUAUGAUGAACUCAUGACUAAAAACAAUAACAACAAAGAUGCCGUCGAAGUUGAUCCACAAAAUUGUAUGGUCUUAAAUAAUGCUGGUACUCGUUUCAAUGGUGGUGUCCAAAAAAUGUCAAAGACUGGUUCAUACUAUUACAUGUCCACUCGUAAUAACAACUUUUCCAAUCGUAAUCAAAAAGGUGCCAUCCACGUUGACCCAUUAUUAGCUGGCUGGCAAAUUGGUCUCAUUGCUUCUGGUUGUUCUUUAUUCGUUAUCAUUUCAGCAACUGCAGGUUGUGUUACCUUUGCUCGUUUCCAUCCACAUUCAGGUAUGCAUCGUGCUGUUUCAAAAGUACCAGGUCUCAAGAGAUUAGUUUAA